AUGGCAGCGACGCUGGAGCAGCUGCCGCUUAUGGCGCGCGGAUCGACACGACAGACUUCGUACAGAAUCCUGCCAGCAGCAGCAGCCAUCUUGGCUUCUUCCCUUGCAGUCCUUCUGGUGUACACGGCAGUCAGGUCUCCACCCUCAGGUGUGGGAAUCUCGUUAGCACAGGCUCAGGCCAUGCAGGCGCAGGGAGGACAGGCGCCAACCCUCUACUACGUUCCCGUCAACGCUAUCCCGGCAGGAUCGAGGUUUGUAGGAGGUGCUCAGUCUCGUGUUGCCAAGGCCGUUCAGCAGCAGCCUGUUGUCUACUACUACAUGCCGCAGCAGAUGCUUGCAGGGGACAAUGCCACUAGUGGCAACAGCACUGCUGCUGCUGCACCCAGCUUCGUAUGCACAGUGCAGAACAUCAUGGCUCUGCAUGCUGAGGCUCAGCCGAAGUGGGACAAGUGCAAGAGUAACCCCAACUACGUUGUUCCGAACAAGGAUGCCAAGCGAAGAUUGUUGGAGUGGGUGUGGGAGCCCAAGGAAGGAGAGCAGAAGACUGUCAAGCCUCAACAUCGCCCUAGCUACUACAGAAUGCACCUGGAGGAGGGAGCGCGAAGGAUGUACCACAAGGUCAUUGCUAUGAGGGCCAAGACUCAGACUAGAGCUGCUGCUUUGCACCGCUCCUUCCCUUCUCUUGCGGCCGACAAUGCCACCAGCGCAAAUGCUACCGCGGCACCUAGCGGACCAUCUCUCUCUGAGUGCGAGAUCCAGGCUGUCGGCGAGGCCUGUGCCAAGAUCUCUUCCUGUGCCAACCCUGUGUGCAGCAGCUACUACAACGAGCCUGAGAUCGAGGCUCUUUGCGGUAUGUGCGGCAUGGCUGCUGCAGGCUGGGGUUGCUUUGCUCAGGAUUCUGUCGUGUCCAUGGCCGACGGCAGCGCGAGGCUGCUGAAGGAGGUGGCUGUGGGAGAUGCUGUCCAGUCGGUUUCAUCUGAGGGCAAGAUCGUGUCGUCCCGUGUCAUCUUUGUCCACGAUCACAAGGAAGUUUCCGCAACCGUCCGCAUCUCUCACGGUCAUGACACCAUGGAGCUCACCACCGAGCACAUGGUUCCGAUGCACUCCGAGGCCUGCGGUGACAGGUACUGUGAUGCUGCCGAGCUCAUUGCUGCAAAGAAUGUCAAGGUUGGGGACAAGAUCUACGUUGCCAAGGAGCGUGCAUCCCACGUUGUGGCAGUGUCGAGAGGAAUCUCACUAGUUCGCUACGUUCUCACCGAGAACGACAGCAUCGUUGUCAACGGGGUUGUGGCUUCUGUCUACUCAACGGCCGCCAAGACCCUUGAGACUCUUCCAUUCCGCCUUGUCGACAAGAUGGUCAAGGGCGUGCUGCAGUGGGACCCAGUCGCUACCUCCCUCAGGAUCAUCUUGGAAUCUCCUGCUUUGAGAAACUUCGAGUUUGCCCUCAACGCCGUUGCUAACUUGCCCUCUAUGGCUGCCCCCAAGAGCAACCCUCUCGUUCACGUCAGCCACCUCUCUCAGUAA